UGAGUAUUCGUUUAAGACGAAGCACAGCGAGUAAACGACUCCUGCACGUGUGUUUUGAUUGUGAUAAACAAAUACAGAUAAGACUUUUAACCGAAUGCUGCAAGCGGAAGUGAUAAAUGAAAUAAAACCAAGCCUUAAUUGUGUGGAAGCUGUGCUGUGGGAGUCGUUCCUUCUUCCAACAUGGAUCUCGCAAACGCGAAAGCUGUAUCUAUGCUGGCCUUAGGGCUGGGUAGUUUUAUAGCUGGCAUGGCGCCAGCUUGUAUUUCGGAAAGAGCGAGACAACGGCACCCUCUGUUAAUAUCUUGCCUUCUCUGUUUUGGAGGUGGAGUCCUUUUAUCGACAUCAUUAGUUCACAUGUUACCAGAGGCGAGAGAGAAGUUACCGAACUUCACCGAACUGUAUUUCUGUGCGGGGUUUUUCAUAGUGUAUUUGGUGGAUGAAUUAGUGCAUUUCUUCUACGGGUCCCACGGUGGCGGUCAUGAAAGACGCAGGACCUACGUGACGGAGGAAACCAGUCUGCUACGACCGGAUUUGAGAGAUGGCGAGAUGCGCGAGCGGUGCUGUGGAGACGCUGACAAUCCAAGAAUGUGUCACGUGAGCCACACAGAGCCCUGUAACAAGAGUUCUUCUGGCGUCAUUGGGUUGUUAUGUGCGCUGUUUGUUCAUAGCUUUCUGGAGGGUUUGGCGAUUGGCCUCCAAGAAUCGGCAUCUCAGGUACUCCUUCUGCUGGCUGCCGUAGCAUGUCACAAAUACGUAGUUGGAUUCUGCCUGGGCGCAGAACUGUGCGAGAGCGGCAACCGAAUCUGCGCGCACAUUGUGUGUGUAAUCCUCUUUAGCGGGGGGUCCGUGGGGGGGAUAGGACUGGGCGCCGCAUUGGACUCUAUGAGCACGCCAAGGGAUUCAAUUGCUGUGCCUAUUAUGCAGGCGCUAGCAGCUGGUACGUUACUCUAUGUGACGGUAAGCGAGGUCCUUCCCCGGGAGCGAGCGAGAUGGCACGAGAGGAAACGUUCAGCUGGUAUGCUCCAGUUCUUAGCUGUGGGCCUCGGCUUCGGUAUUAUGUACAUGUCUACUGUGUAUUUGGGUAAGGAUAUGGAUUUUUGUUAUUUGUGA